AUAAACCCCCCACCACUCAGAGGCAGCACAGACCCCAGACGGAAUCAUGGGGGCCAGUGCACUCUGUGUCCUCCUGCUAUGUGGGAUUAUUGGGGCCUACGCACAACAAUGCCUCCUGAUAACAUCCAACGUCCUGCGAGCGGACAGCGAAGAGACUAUUGUCGUGGAUGGACAAGGCGCUGCAUUUGAAGCUGACAUCACGAUCCAAGAUUUCCCCCGGAAGAGAAUGAAUAUAGCUCAGGGAAGAGUCUCUGUCAAUAGUGCUAAUAAAUUCGUCGGAACAACUGCACUGACGAUUCCGUCCAAAAAUUUGGAAGCAGACCCAACUAAGAAACAGUUUGUCUAUGUCAGUGUGCGGUCCCCCGGCUGCACUCUGGAGAAAGUCGUCUUGGUGUCCUUUCAGAGUGGAUAUAUUUUCAUACAGACCGACAAAACCAUCUACACCCCGGGAUCCACAGUUCUCUAUCGGAUAUUUACCAUGAGUCCAAGUUUGAAACCUGUGGACAAGGCAGUGGUCAUCGAGUUCCUGACUCCCCAGGAUGUGAUUGUGAAAAAAGAUUUGAUCAAGCAAACCAGCAAAACAGGCAUCAUCUCUCUGUCUCAUACUCUGUCUGAGCUUGUAAGUUUGGGAGUAUGGACAAUAUCAGCAAAGUUUGAAGACACACUGAUACAGAAUUACACCACAAACUUUGAAGUGAAAGAAUAUGUCCUGCCAAGUUUUGAGAUAAAGCUUGAGGCAGAUCAAAAAUUUUUCUACAUAAAAGCUGAAGAACUAAGAGUGAAAAUUUCUGCAAAUUAUCUAUAUGGGAAGCCUGUGUAUGGAAAGGCGUUUACACUGUUUGGAGUGAAGAAAGACAAUGAAAGGAAAAGUCUGUCAGAAUCUCUAAGAAGGGUUGAGAUAUAUAAUGGUGAAGGAGAAGCCAUUUUGGAAAGGAAAGACCUAGUGAAGUAUUUCCAGAAUGAGGAAGACAUGCUGCAGUGGAGGCUGUAUCUGACUGUGACUGUCAUCACUGGCUCUGGCAGUGAUUUGGUAGAAGCAGAGCUGGAUGAUAUUUAUAUUGUGAAGUCUCCUUAUAAAGUUCUCUACACUAAAACCUCCAAAUAUUUCAAACCUGGAAUGCCCUUCGACCUCAUGGCAUUUGUUACUAACCCAGAUGGGUCCCCGGCACAUCGUGUCCCUGUAGAGGCUGAACCAGGGAAAGUGAGAGGAAUAACACAGGAGGAUGGGACAGUUAGACUUACCGUCAAUACACCCACAGAUAGAAACACACUGCAGAUAACGGUAAAAACCACAGAUCCUAAAUUACAAGAUGUCCUGCAAGCCUCUUCCACCAUGGAAGCCAACGCAUAUAAACCUAUUGGGGGCAAUUACCUGCAUCUCGGUGUCACAGGAGGGGUGCUGAAACCAGGAGAAAAUCUUAAUAUCAACUUUAAUAUCCAGAAUAAGGAAGCCGGAGUUCAAAACCAGAUUACCCGCUUUAACUAUGUGAUACUAAACAAAGGCAGAAUAAUGAGAGUGGGCACACAGGAUAGGUCACCAGGUCAAAACCUGGUAACUCUGUUGCUUCCAAUAACCGGGGACUUCAUUCCAUCUUUCCGCAUUGUGGCUUAUUAUGUUGUGACAACUGGUGGAGUCCGUGAGGUGGUGGCUGACUCUGUCUGGAUUGACGUGACAGAUUCCUGUAUGGGGACGCUGGAGUUGACGGGAGAAAAAAAACAGGACAAUGCGAUACAGAGUCCUGGGACAUCAAUGAAACUGAGACUGAGAGCAGAUCACAAGGCCAGUGUGGGGCUGGUGGCUGUGGACAAAGGUGUCUACGUGCUGAACAGCAAGUUCAAGAUCUCACAGAGCAAGGUCUGGGACGCUGUGGAUAAGUAUGACAUUGGCUGCACACAGGGGAGCGGUGCAGACGCCCCAGGAGUGUUUUAUGAUGCUGGGCUGGCCCUACAUACCAACUUCCAGAUGACAACUGCUCAGAGAUCAGAGCCUUUAUGUCAACCAAAAUUAAAGCGCAGACGACGAUCAUCAGCAGCACUGGUCCAGCAUAAAGACACUAAAGCCUCCCAAUACUCGGGCAAGGAGAAGAUGUGUUGCCAGGAUGGCAUGCUAGAAAACCCCAUGGGUGACAGCUGUGAGCGUCGCUCCCGUCACAUACAGGAUGGAGAGAAGUGUAUUGCUGCCUUUAUUGACUGCUGCAAGGAGAUUGAGAAGCUGAAGUCAUCUGAGAGGGAACUGAAAGAUCAUGAUGAUCUAGCAAGAAGUGAUGAUGACAGUGAUUACAUUGAAGAUUCUGAAAUACAAUCCAGGACAGAAUUUCCAGAAAGUUGGCUCUGGAAGGUGGAGACAAUGAAUGAAAGACCAGAUGCUGAAGGAAUUUCAACCAAAAGUCUCAGUGUAUUCUUAAAAGAUUCAAUAACUACAUGGGAGGUUCUGGCUGUAAGUUUGUCUGAAAGCAAAGGUAUCUGUGUGUCUAAACCACAUGACAUCCAGGUUUUGUUAAACUUCUUCAUUGACCUGAAGCUGCCAUAUUCUGUGGUGAGGAAUGAACAAGUAGAGAUACGGGCCAUUCUCUACAACUAUGGCAACAGCCCACAAUCGGUGCGCGUGGAGUGGACUUAUAAUGAAAACUUCUGCAGCCUCUCCACCGGUAAAAAGAAGUACCGCCAAGAUGUCCACAUCGAACCUGAAUCAUCAGUGGCUGUCCCAUUUAUCAUUGUGCCGCUAACUUUGGGCUUUCAUGAUGUUGAGGUGAAGGCAGCUGGUCGGUUAGUCGCAGAUGGGGUCAAGAAGAGGCUGAAGGUCGUGCCGGAAGGAAGACGCGUAACAGAGAUUUUGAAAUCAGUGGUAUUGGAUCCAGAAACAAAAGGCAAAGGUGGGUUACAAGAAGAAUUAAUCCCAUCUGUGGAUGCCAAAAAUAUUGUUCCCAAAACAGAAAGUGAAACCAUCGUCACCAUACAAGGAACUCCAGUUAGUGAAAUGGUGGAGAAAUCCAUCGAUGGUGCCAACAUCAAUCACCUGAUCACAGCUCCUUUUGGAUGCGGGGAACAGAACAUGAUGAGUUUGACUCCAACUGUAAUUGCUACACAUUUCCUGGAUUCUACUGGCCAAUGGGAGAGAGUAGGCGUACAACGCCGGGAACAAGCCAUACAGUACAUCAGAAAUGGUAUCGUCAGUCAGAAGGCAUUUUGUAAACCAGACUCCUCAUAUGCCGCUUGGAUCAAUUCUCCAUCCAGCACAUGGCUCACGGCUUAUGUUGCGAAAGUGUUCGCCUUGGCUGCAAAAUUAACCGAUGUUAAUAGAAAUGAAAUUUGCGAUUCUGUGAAGUGGCUGAUACUGAAUAAACAAAAGCCGGAUGGGUUAUUCCAGGAGGAUUUCCCCGUCUAUCAUCAGGAGAUGGUGGGUGGCUUAACACAGGGAGCUAAGGAGUUGGAUACUACACUGACUGCCUUCGUCCUCAUCGCUAUGCUGGAAAGUGAAGAUCUCUGUGGACACAUUGCUAAUCUACGUGGAAGCAUUGACAGUGCAGUAUCCUAUAUAAGUGAACAAUAUCCAUCUCUGAACAAACCAUAUUCUAUAGCAAUUGCUUCAUAUGCACUGGCCAGAGCCGGAAAGCUGCCGGAUGCAGAGAAGCUGAUGUCUGCAUCUACAGAUAACAAUCACUGGGUAGAGCCGAACUCCCACCAAUUAUCCCUAGAGGCUACAUCCUAUGCAAUCCUCGCACUUCUCAAGCUAAAUAAGUUUGAGCAGUGUGGACCAGCAGUUAGAUGGAUAACAGAGCAGCAAUUCCGUGGAGAAGCUUGGGGAUCAACACAAGCUACUAUCAUGAUGUUCCAGGCUCUUUCUCAGUAUCAGAUUGAUGUCCCACCUGCCAAAGAUUUGGAUAUGGAUGUCUCUUUUAAGCUCCCUGGUAGAUCGCAAGGUACAACUCAUCGCAUCAAUCUUCAAAAUGCCAUGUUGGCACGCUCGGACCAGACAUCAAUAAAUCAAGAAUUUGUGAUCACUGCGAAAGGGAAGGGACAAGGUUCUUUGAGGGUGUCCUCUGUGUAUUAUGCUAUUGAGACAGAAAAGGAGAAGAAAUGUAAUAACUUUGAUCUCUCUGUGAAAAUUAAAGAUGAACCUUUAGCUAAGGGUCCAGAAGGCACAAAGUCAACAGUCUCCAUUACCAUCUGCACCAGAUACCUUAAAAGUCAUGAUGCCACCAUGUCCAUUUUUGAUAUUUCUAUGAUGACCGGCUUUGCUCCAGAUAUUAAUGACCUAAAUAAGCUUAAAAACAGAGUGGAUAGAUACAUCUCCAACUACGAGAUCAACAAAGGAGAUAAUGAUAAAAGCACACUAAUUCUGUAUGUUGACAAGGUAUCCCACAAAGAGGAGGACUGUGUAAAGUUUAAUCUCUACCAGUACUUUGAAGUUGGUCUCAUCCAGCCUGCGUCUGUCACAGUGUAUGACUAUUACUCCCCAGAAAACCGCUGCACCAAAUUCUACCAUGUGGAUGAGGACAGUAAACUGCUGGGUAGGAUCUGCCAGGGAGACGUGUGCCGCUGUGCUGAAGAAAAUUGUUUUAUGCAGCAGCAGUUGGCGAAGGUUGACGCCAAUGAACGAUUUAAGAAAGCGUGUGACGUGUCUGUGGACUACGUGGUCAAGAUCUUGCUGACUGCCAUUGAGCACAAGGACAGCUACGACACCUAUGUAAUGAAAAUUGUUCAAGUCAUUAAGGAAGGCACCGAAGUAGAGCUUGAGGGCAAAACACGCAAUUUUAUCGCUCACAAAAAAUGUCAAGGAGCCUUAAAGUUACAGAUUGGUCGAGAAUACCUGACCUGGGGUGUCAGUAAAGAUCUCUGGAACACGGGUUCUGACUUUUCUUACAUGAUAACAAAGGACACGUGGAUUGAGUAUUUUCCAGAUAACAGGGAAUGUCAGAGGGCUGAGAACAGGCAGCUCUGUGAGGAGUUAUUGAGCUUCGCAGAAGAGUUGGUGGACCGUGGCUGUGCCAAUUAAAUCACCAUAGUAUUUACAUAUCCCAUCCAUAAAUGUACUGAUUUUAUAUAGUAAUAAAUGAUGUCUUCUCUA